AUGGCAUCGGAAUUUGUACCCGAGACUUCUGAAAUUGGUUCCUUGACGACGCACUCGAACGAGGAUAGCCAGUUCGUCGGUAGCUCAAGCGGUGUCUAUUUUAUCAAGACAGUGAAACGUGCAUUCAACGACCUAGAUGACCCGGGUUCACCCGACUCCCAUUUUCCCACAGCAGAGGAAACCCUUGUAGGCGCUGAAAGUUCUCGUGACAAGCGCCAGCGUACCUCAUCCGUCAGAGAGACUGCUUCGUCCUUGGAGGCAGUUGAAUCUCCCACAGAAUGGACCUACGACCCAUCGUUGACAGCGUCUCUGGGAAAUCUCCCUCCCCCAGACGUGGCAAAGGGCCUGAUGAUGAUGUAUUUCAAAGUAUGGCACCCUCUGUUCCCGUUCCUGCAUGGUCCCACCUUCCUGCAGGGGAUGGAGAAGGUCUACUCCAGUACGAAUCAAUCUCAGUACACGCAAGAACCCUACAUAGAUCACCGGAGUACAUGCUGGACAACCAUUUUCCAAUGUGUCUUCAAUCUGGGCAGUCUACUAGCGCCAGAGUUAGAGCUCCCGCCCGAAUCGAAGAUUCAAUCACCAAACAGUUUUAAUUCUCUGCUCGGGACUCUCUCCUCUCGACAUGAUAUCGUUUCCCUGCAAGCGCUGCUAGCAAUCCAAGUCUAUCUCGUCGCGACCAUGUCACUUCGACAAGCAUCGACCGUCGGAGGUUGUAUCCUUCGCUCGAUGCUUCAUGCCGGUCUCCACCGGUGUCCAUUUCGAUACAAGCAACUUUCCACCCACGACCGACAGCUGCGGAAGCGGGUCUUUUGGUGCGCUUAUGCGAUAGAUAGAUAUCUGAGCCAAGCUCUGGGCUUGCCGCUUGGUAUACAGGAUUCUGAUAUUGAUGUGUGUUUGCCUGCUGCCCGGGAAAUGCAUUCUCCUCAGGGCCAGACGACGCAAUCUGCGAAUGAUAUCUCUGCGUCGCAGCACGGCAAUAAAGAAGACCACGGCAAGGAAGGCGUUCUUGCUAGCUACGUUGACUCGGGGACUUUGACGGGCCGGGCAUUGGAGCUCUUUCAUAAAUCAAUAUUGGUUCGAUCCGUUCGUCGCAGUUCGGUGUUGUUCCUUGUAACAGAUGUGCAUAAAUGGUGGAAUCGACUUCCUGCCGGCCUCCAAAAAAAGCCGGGGGGCUUUGAACAAAGGGUGGAAUCUGCGAUAGCAGAUAGUGCGUUUGAUUUUGCUCCUUUUUUCACUGUGCUGUAUCAGCAUCUCAUUCUGAUCAUUCAUCGGCCUUCGCUGUCGCUGGAUCCAUCGACCGCAGAAUUCUGUUCUGGAUUGCAAACUUGCAUCGGGGCUGCUCGGGCUAUCCUUUCGGCGCUCAGGUUGCAAGUUGAUAGCCACCAGGCUUUAUUCUGGCCUGGUUUCUUAUCGGCUGCGUGGAUGUCUGGGUUGGUUUUGGCUUUGGCUUGUCAACUGAACCAAUAUGUGUUGACAAAAGGUCUUCAGGAGAUUGAAGAAUUUUCGGGAUUCCUGCGUUUGAUGUCCACUCAAUGGGAGACGGCCAAACACUGCCACAUGUCGCUUUCAGUGCUGGCUGCGAAAAUCAAACAGUCAGAAAGCGGAUCCGAUCCAACAUCAAACUCCCAAGCAUAUGUGACGAGGGGCUCUGAGGGGGGUCCGACACUUGUGGAGUCUUUGACAGCACAAGAGGAAAACAGACGGAGACUUGGUCGUCUGUCACACUUGCAAGAGCCUGGCUCAUCUGCAGAGCCGUCGGAUCUUGAGCAACGAAGUAACGCAUGGGAAGAAUCUACCCACAGGGAAUAUGAUCCCGCGGGGGUUCUUUCAGCGUCGAUGCAUCCGUCACAAAUGAACGAGCAACACAUAUUCACCGAUACACCCUCUUCACUACAUAUGAAUUUACAGGACACGAAUCCCGCACAGCUUGAGGGUAUAUCGAAUUUUGACCUGAACAUGGUCGAUUUAAUCGAGGGCGUUAACUUCGACACUCUGUUCGAUAUGAUCGGGCAGCAAUUCCCAAGCUUCUAA